CUCAUUACAGUCAACGUAAUCACAUUUUCCCAUUUCCUCCGAACAAAAUGCCACCUCGCUGCUUCAUAAUCCGCCACGGCGAAACAGAAUGGUCCCUAAACGGCCGACACACAGGCGAAACAGACCUCCCGCUCACAGCGAAUGGCGAGAAACGUAUCCGAGCAACCGGCAAAGCCCUAGUCGGCGACGACAGACUAGUCGUCCCGAAGAAGCUAGCACAUGUCUUCGUCUCACCCCGCACCCGCGCACAACGAACCCUCGAACUCCUCGAGAUCGGCUGUCGGGAACGGCUCCCCUGGAAUGAGCAGCGCAAGCCUGAAGAGGAAGAGGCUAUUCGGACCGAAGCGCGCGUUGAGAUUACGGAUGCUGUGCGCGAGUGGGAUUACGGGGAUUAUGAGGGGUUGACUAGUAAACAGAUUCAGGAGAUUCGGGCUGAGAAGGGGGAGGGGCCUUGGAAUAUUUGGACGGAUGGGUGUCCUGGUGGAGAGUCCCCCGAAGAUGUCAUCCGGCGUCUUGAUGCUCUGAUCGCCGAGAUCAGAGAGAAAUACCAGCGUCCCUGCUUUGAGAACCCCGAUGAUACAAAGGGUGACGUGCUCGUCGUUGCGCAUGGACAUAUCCUGCGUGCAUUUGCCAUGCGCUGGACUGGGAAGCCUUUGACGGAGACGUCGCUGAUUCUGGAGGCUGGUGGUAUUGGAACGCUCAGUUACGAGCACCACAAUAUCGAUGAACCGGCGAUUAUCCUCGGUGGACAGUUCGUUGUUGAGUGAUUGCGAGGGUCAUUUAGAUGAUGCCCGAUCCUCGAUGCCCAGGUGGAGAGGGGAAGUAAUGCCUCCGCUGGGGCAACUUCCAAUCAACAUCCACCCACGCACCCAUCCCAAUUCAAAACCCCAUUUCAAUAAAC